UGUAGUGUCUGUAUUCCCGCUGUCAUCUAUCACAUGCCGCUUCAAAUAAUAUCCCUUCCCCUCUCUCCUCCUUCCCUCCUCUAUUACUCUCUCUCUUUACACUCUCUCUCUAGAUCUCUUUCUCUGUCCUCCCUCAUUCAUAUCACAUCACCAUCUGAACUUCAAUAGAUAGACAAUGAGAGAGAUCUUGCAUGUUCAGGGAGGCCAAUGCGGCAACCAAAUCGGUUCCAAGUUCUGGGAAGUGAUCUGCGACGAGCAUGGCGUCGAUCCGACCGGUAGGUACAAGGGCGAUGGAUCGUCCGAUCUUCAACUCGAGAGGAUCAACGUUUAUUUCAAUGAAGCUUCCGGCGGCCGCUACGUUCCUAGGGCUGUUCUCAUGGAUCUCGAACCAGGAACCAUGGAUAGUAUCAGAUCCGGCCCGUACGGCCAGAUCUUUCGCCCCGAUAACUUCGUCUUCGGCCAGUCCGGUGCCGGAAACAACUGGGCCAAAGGUCACUACACCGAAGGCGCCGAGUUGAUCGAUGCCGUUCUUGAUGUUGUUCGCAAAGAGGCUGAGAAUUGUGAUUGUUUGCAAGGUUUCCAGGUGUGCCACUCCCUUGGAGGAGGCACAGGUUCUGGCAUGGGAACCCUUUUGAUAUCCAAGAUAAGGGAAGAAUACCCAGACAGAAUGAUGCUCACAUUCUCUGUUUUCCCUUCACCAAAGGUCUCGGACACAGUUGUUGAACCCUACAAUGCCACCCUCUCUGUGCACCAGUUGGUAGAGAAUGCUGAUGAAUGCAUGGUCCUAGACAAUGAAGCACUCUAUGACAUUUGCUUCAGGACCUUGAAGCUCAGCACUCCUAGUUUUGGUGACCUGAACCACUUGAUAUCUGCAACUAUGAGUGGGGUAACGUGCUGCUUGAGAUUUCCUGGCCAGCUUAACUCAGACCUGCGGAAGCUGGCAGUGAACCUGAUCCCAUUCCCACGUCUUCAUUUCUUCAUGGUGGGGUUUGCACCACUCACCUCUCGUGGAUCGCAGCAUUACAUCUCCCUCACUGUCCCAGAGCUGACUCAGCAAAUGUGGGAUGCCAAGAACAUGAUGUGUGCAGCUGACCCUCGCCAUGGUCGUUACCUGACAGCAUCAGCCAUGUUCAGGGGGAAAAUGAGCACGAAAGAGGUGGAUGAACAGAUGAUCAAUGUGCAAAACAAAAACUCAUCAUACUUUGUGGAGUGGAUCCCUAACAAUGUGAAGUCAAGCGUGUGUGAUAUUCCACCGACAGGCCUAAAGAUGGCAUCCACAUUUGUAGGGAACUCCACGUCGAUCCAAGAGAUGUUCAGGAGAGUGAGCGAGCAGUUUACAGCCAUGUUCCGGCGGAAAGCGUUUUUGCAUUGGUACACUGGUGAAGGAAUGGAUGAAAUGGAGUUCACGGAGGCGGAGAGCAACAUGAAUGAUCUGGUUGCCGAGUACCAGCAAUACCAGGAUGCCACUGUGGAGGAUGAGGAAGACUACGAGGGUGAAGAAGAGAAUUAUGAGGGCUAAGACAUCGGAGAAGGGUGGCACUUACCCUCAUCUGAUGAAGGUAAGAUAUGACAAAAUCAGUGGUUGGUUAUCUACUACUACUAUGUGGCCUCUUUUGUUCGUUUUGCUUCUGAAGUUUCAGCUCAUAUUCAUUCCUUUUGCUUCUGAAGUUUCAGCUCAUUUUCCUUCCCUUUCUGAACUUUCAGCUUAUUUCUUUGGUUCUUAUUGUUCCAUCUAUUACUGUAUUCCUUGAUAUGUUACUCUGUUUGUUCUGUUGAAGCUUUUGAAUAAUAAAGUAACUUUUCCUAAAA